AUGUUGGACGUGUUCUUCUUCAUGUUCCUGCUGUGUAUCUGGGUGGUAGCAUUUGGCGUUGCUAAGCAGGGCAUCCUCAUCCACAACGAGGACCGACUGGACUGGAUCGUCCGGGGGGCCAUCUACGAACCAUACCUCAUAAUCUUUGGGAAUAUGCCCUCUAACAUCGACAGUAAGUCAACUGAUCAAAUAAUGUGUAGAUGAAUAGGAACCGUCCUCAUCCAUGCAGCAUGUCUUUCUAUUUUUUACUAUGUGCUGUUUGAGUAGCCUGGUCCCAGAUGUGUGUGCUGUUUGAGUAGCCUGGUCCCAGAUGUGUGUGCUGUUUGAGUAGCCUGGUCCCAGAUGUGUGUGCUGUUUGAGUAGCCUGGUCCCAGAUGUGUGUGCUGUUUGAGUAGCCUGGUCCCAGAUGUGUGUGCUGUUUGAGUAGCCUGGUCCCAGAUGUGUGUGCUGUUUGAGUAGCCUGGUCCCAGAUGUGUGCGCUGUUUGAGUAGCCUGGUCCCAGAUGUGUGCGCUGUUUGAGUAGCCUGGUCCCAGAUGUGUGUGCUGUUUGAGUAGCCUGGUCCCAGAUGUGUGCGCUGUUUGAGUAGCCUGGUCCCAGAUGUGUGUGCUGUUUGAGUAGCCUGGUCCCAGAUGUGUCCGCUGUUUGAGUAGCCUGGUCCCAGAUGUGUUUGUGCUCUUGCCAACUCCAUUGCUGUCAUUGUCAAGCCAAAUUCCAUAAGAAGUUGGCAGGCGUGGCGUGGCAGGAUGACUCUAUGUACAUAGAACUCAGUGGUUUCUCCAUGCAGCGCCACGAUCGGACAAAGGCGGCCUCGGGAAAGUCCAAAGGGGGAGGGAUGUGCCUCAUCAUAAACAACAUCUGGUGCGCUGCUUCCAGUGUGAAGGAAAUUUGCCUGUAGACCCUUUUAUCUACCAAGAAAGUUAUCAUCUGUAAUUAUCACGUCUGUCUACAUCCCUCCUCAAGCCAACACCACUCUGGCACUCAACGAACUGGAUGGGGCCAUAAACAAACAAGAAACCGCUCACCCAGAGGCAGCAUUUCAGGUGGGCGGAGACUUUAACACAGGGAGACUUAAAACCGUCCUACAUCACCUCUACCAACACGUCUCCUGCACCACUAGGGGCGCUAAAACUCUAGACCACUUUUAUUCUACCUCACAGAAACGCAUACAAGGCCAUCCCUCAUCCUCCCUUCGGCAAAUCUGACCAUGACUCCAUUCUCCUGCUUCCUGUCUACAAACAAAAGCUCAAACAGGAGGUACCAGUGACUCGCUCAAUGUGGAAGUGGUCCGAUGAAGCAGACGUGAGGCUACAAGACUGUUUUGCUGGUACAGACUGGGAUAUGAUCCGGGAUUCAUCCAACAGCAUUGAGGAGUUUUACCACAUCAGUCACGGGCUUCAUCAAUAAGUGCAUAGACGAUGUUGUCCCCACAGUGACCGUACGUACCCUAACCAGAAACAAUGGAUUACAGGCAACACCCACGCUGGGCUAAAGACUAGAGCUACCGCUUACAAGGAAUGGGACACGGACAUGGACACAUACAAGAAAGCCCCCUACGACCUCACGGACAUGGACACAUACAAGAAAGCCCCCUACGACCUCACGGACAUGGACGCAUAUAAGAAAGCCCCCUACGACCUCACGGACAUGGACGCAUAUAAGAAAGCCCCCUACGACCUCACGGACAUGGACACAUACAAGAAAGCCCCCUACGACCUCUGAUGACCUCUGAUGAGCCAUCAAACAUGCAAAAGGACAAUAUAGGAGGAAGGUGGAAUCCGUUUACACCGGCUCUGAUGCUCGUCGUAUAGGGGGAAGGUGGAAUCCUAUUACAUCGUCAUUUAGCAGACGCUCUUAUCCAGGGCGACUUACAAAUUGGUGCAUUCACCUUAUAGCCAGUGGGACAACCACUUUACUUUUUUUUUUGUUGGGUGGGGUAAGAGGGGGUAGAAGGAUUACUUUAUCCUAUCCCAGGUAUUCCUUAAAGAGGUGGGGUUUCAAGUGUCUCCGGAAGGUGGUGAGUGACUCAUAUUACACCUGCUCCAACGCUCGUCGUAUGUGGCAGGGCUUGCAGACGAUAACGGGUUACAAAGGGAAACCCAGCCGUGGGUUGCCCAGCGAUGCAGAACUCCCGAACGAGCAAAGUGCCUUUUUAUGCUCGCUUCGAGGAAUACAACACUGUGCCUUGCGUGAAAGCCCUUGUUCUUUUCAGAUGACUGUGUGAUCUCGCUCUCUGUGGACGAUGUGAACAAAAUGUUUAAACAGGUUAACUUGUGACUUGUUUUGGUUGUGUUUCAGAUUAUUUUGUGCCCAAUAGAAAUGUAUGGUAAAUAAUGUAUUGUGUCAUUUUGGAGUCACUUUUAUUGUAAAUAAGAAUAUAUAAUAUGUUUCUAAACACUUCUACAUGAAUGUGGAUGCUACCAUGAUUACGGAUAAUUGUGAAUGAAUCGUGAAUAAUGAUGAGUGAGAACGUUAGAGGCAUAAAUAUCAUACCCACCCCAAUGCUAACCUCCCCUCUUAUUGUAAUGGUAAGAGUUUAGCAUGUCUUGGGGGUAUGAUAUAAAAUGCUAACCUCCCCUCUUAUUGUAAUGGUAAGAGUUUAGCAUGUCUUGGGGGUAUGAUAUAAAAUGCUAACCUCCCCUCUUAUUGUAAUGGUAAGAGUUUAGCAUGUCUUGGGGGUAUGAUAUUUGUGUGUCUGUAACUUUCUGGUGACAAAUAAAAGUUGAUUUGAUUUGAGGAGAGCCGAAACAGACUGGCAGUCUUGAUCAAUGUAAAGUAGAUCCCAUAGCUAACCACCUACUGUUGGUUCCUCUAUCUGCCAUAGCUAACCACCUACUGUUGGUUCCUCUAUCUGCCAUAGCUAACCACCUACUGUUGGUUCCUCUAUCUGCCAUAGCUAACCACCUACUGUUGGUUCCUCUAUCUGCCAUAGCUAACCACCUACUGCUGGUUCCUCUAUCUGCCAUAGCUAACCACCUACUGUUGGUUCCUCUAUCUGCCAUAGCUAACCACCUACUGUUGGUUCCUCUAUCUGCCAUAGCUAACCACCUACUGUUGGUUCCUCUAUCUGCCAUAGCUAACCACCUACUGUUGGUUCCUCUAUCUGCCAUAGCUAACCACCUACUGUUGGUUCCUCUAUCUGCCAUAGCUAACCACCUACUGUUGGUUCCUCUAUCUGCCAUAGCUAACCACCUACUGUUGGUUCCUCUAUCUGCCAUAGCUAACCACCUACUGUUGGUUCCUCUAUCUGCCAUAGCUAACCACCUACUGUUGGUUCCUCUAUCUGCCAUAGCUAACCACCUACUGUUGGUUCCUCUAUCUGCUUCAGAUGCCCUGUUUGACAGAAAGGCCUGCAGUGUAAAUGGUACAGAGCCUCAAAAGCCUAAAUGUCCUAUUCUUAACGAGGACCAGAUGCCAGCGUUCCCUGAGUGGCUGACUAUCAUCCUACUGUGUGUCUACCUGCUGUUUGCCAACAUCCUGCUGCUCAACCUACUCAUAGCAAUCUUCAAGUAGGUUCCAAUCAUCAAUCAAUCAAUCAAUCAAUCAAACAAUUGAUCCAUCCAUCCAUCCAUCCAUUCAUCCAUCCAUCCAUCCAUCCAUCCAUCCUUCCAUCCAUCCACUCAUCCAUCCAUCCCAUCCAUCCAUCCAUCCAUCAUCCAUCCCCCAUAUAUCCAUCGCAUCCACCCAUAUUCCUCCAUCCAUCCAUCCACCUCAUCCAUCCAUCCAUCCCCAUCCAUCCAUCCAUCCAGUCCAUCCAUCCAUCCAUUCAUCCCAUCCAUCUCCAUCCAUUCCCAUCCAUUCCUGCCAUCAUCAUCAAUCCAUCCCCAUCAUCCAUCCAUCCAUCCAUCAUCAUUCCAUCCUCCAUCAAUCCAUCCCAUCCAGACCAUCCAUCCAUCCAUCAUCCAUCCAUCCAUCCAUCCAUCCAUCCAUACCUCCAUCCACUCAUCCAUCCAUCCAUCCAACCACCCAUCCAUCCAUUUUCCCUCCAUCUCCAUCCACCUCCAUUUCCAUCCAUCCAUCCAUCCCCAUCCAUCCAUCCAUCCAUCCAUCCAUUCCUCCAUCCACCAUCCAUCAUCCAUCCUCCAUCCAUCCAUCCAUCCAUUCCUCCACCACCCACCCACCCAUCCAUCCAUCCAUCCCCCCAUCCCCCCCACCCUCCUCCUCCUCCUCCUCCCCCCCUCCUCCCUCCUCCCCUCCUUUCCCUCCUCCUCCCCCCACCCCCCACCCCCCACCAUCCACCACCCACCUCCAUCCAUCCCCCCAAAUUCCCCAUCCAUUCCUCCAUCCUCCACCUUUCCAUCCCCUCCUCCAUCCAUCCACCCUCCUCCUUUCCAUCCAUCCAUCCACCACCCAUCCAUCCAUCCACCUCCACCCAUCCUCCAUCCAUCCAUCCAUCCAUCCAUCCAUCCAUCCAUCCAUUCCUCCACCCACCCACCCACCCACCCAUCCAUCCAUUCCUCCAUCCAUCCAUCCAUCCAUCCAUCCAUCCAUCCAUCCAUCCAUCCAUCCAUCCAUCCAUCCAUCCAUCCAUCCAUCCAUCCACCCAUCCACCCAUCCAACCAUCCAUCCAUCCAUCCACCCAUCCACCCCAUCCAUCCAUCCAUCCAUCCAUCCAUCCAUCCAUUCAUUAAUCUAUGCACUUUGUAUCAUCUGCACUAUUGUCCGUGAUUCCCUCUUCUCCCUCUUCCUCUCACUCUCCACCCUCCAGCUAUACUUUCCAGGAGGUUCAGGAUAACACAGACACCAUCUGGAAAUUCCAGCGGUAUGAACUGAUCAAGGAGUACCACAGCCGACCCGCUGCCCCCCCUCCACUCAUCCUCCUCUCCCAUAUCUUCCUCUUCAUCAGACGCAUAGUGCUAAAGAGACCCCCGAAUAGUUACAGAACCUUCAGUGAGUCCUGA